CAUGGUGCUGCCACGUGUCGCGAAAUUUCCAUCUGGAUUCCUGGGAAGCGGGUUAACCCAGCAAACUGAGCCCAGUUAGGGCAAAUGGGUAGGUAGCGACACAGCAGUCAUGUGUGGAUGGAGGAGGAGGGGCAGGAGGUUUGUUUCGACGCGCUCCCGGAUUCCGUAGCGUGCGCCAUCCUGUCCAAGCUCAGGGACGCACAGACCGUGGCUCAAUGCGCCGCGGUGUGCCGGCGGUGGAGGGCUCUGUGCGCUGCCGUGGACGCGCUGAGCUUCGAGUCGUUCCAGCUCUUCGAGAAGCGGGUGGGCAGGGCGAGCAAGGCGUCGUGCCUGGAGGCGAUCGUGUCGCGGAUGCUGCUACGGAGUGACGGGGUGAGGGAGCUGGGGAUUUGCUACCACCCCGUGGAGUGGCCAUGGAUCCGCGGCGACCACUUCAGCGAGGACAAGGUGUGCGCGUGGCUGGGCCACGUCCGAGCCUCGCUGGAGAAGCUGGUGCUGGUCGAUCCCAACAGGGAGAGGCCACAGCCGCUCAAGCUGCUCCAGCUCUCGCACUGCCCCAGGCUCAGGUGGCUCAACCUCUGCUACGGGAUCAUCCCCGACCUCCCAGGCGACAUGAAGCGCAUGGAGAGCCUGCGGACGUGUGUGCUCGACCUCAUUGCCAUCACCGACUCGGCGCUCGAGGCGCUGCUCCUCCUCUGUCCUUGCCUCGAGGACCUGCGCCUCAACUCGUGCAAGGGGCUUCGCGCCCCAAGCCUCGUCUCGCCGAGACUGGCGUCGCUCGAGUUGGUGCACGAGAUGGACAUGUGCGAGGCGACCGUCGCCUGCCUCAGCCUCGACACGCCCAAGCUCACCAGGCUGUCGCUCAGCUACGUGGAGGAGCUCAUUGCCGACGGCGAGGCGCUGCUGGAGUUAGGCCUGCUGUGCCACGUCCGUCCCAGGAUCCGGGACCUGUCAUACCUCACGGCGCUGCAAAUGAAGGGCGAGGUGUGGCUGCUGGAGAGCAUUGUGGAGCUGGUGCGGCUGGGAGCCAACGUAACUCAGCUCCAUGUCGACGCCGUUAUCGACAACAAGAGCCCCAUUCAGCUGGACGCCUUGUUUCGCCACUUGCCGCUGCUCACCAAGCUCUACAUUGGUGCCGACAUGUUUGAGUGCGUGCAAGCUGGUGCCGCCGGCGUCACGGGCAGCGCAACCUUGCGGCUCCCGCGACUGGAAGAAAUAGUCGCCGUGGUGUGCAGCGGCAGCAACGGCUGCAUCGCAGUGCUGGCCACGCUACUCCGAUGCUCCUCGUCUCUGCGAUCCCUGCGAAUAAACGCGCACCAGCUGAGCAAAGGCGUUGGAAACAUCACGUUCUUCACCGAUGUCUUGGGCUUGCAGAGGGAGUUUUCGCAAGUCGAGAUUGUCCUCGACUGUCCUUAUACGUUACUGUGAGAUUUGGGGAAUGGCUUGCCGUUGCAAGCGCGUGUACAUAAAAGCGAAUAACGAAGUGUAAAUACAAAUGGAUCGAUGACAA